AUGGACCGUGAAUACGAGUUUCGUUCUCCUUGUCUCGAGGCAUUCGCUGAACUACAAAAGGUGGUCUGGCACCAAUCCACCCGUCUCACCCCAGGAACUCUUGUUGCAUUAUCUCCCCGGUCAGAUAACUUCAACGCGCAGUGCUUUGUCGCUGUGGUUGCAGCCAGGUACCUUCUUGGUGGGCUAGAACCAAACUUUGACGACGGCGAGGAUAAUAGCACUCCGCCACGCAUCGAAAUCUUCUGGUCCAACGUCGAGACGGCCAUGUUUGAUCCUUCGGUCGAGUUGGUGAUGAUCGAGGCCAAGGGUGGCUAUUUCGAGACUGUCCGUCAUGCGAUGGUCGGGCUGCAGCAUGCUGCUAAAUUCGAAUCCAAAUUCGAUAAAUACAUCAUCAAUGGGUCGAACAGAGAAUACACUGCCACCUAUCUCUCUGAAGAGGGUGCUCUGAUCCCAGGAAAAGCUAAACAAUUUGAUUCAUCUCAACAGGAAGCCUUUCGUCGCAUGACUUCGCGAGAGCUCGCGGUGGUUCAAGGCCCUCCAGGUACUGGCAAGACGUUCACAUCAGUUGUGGCCCUUGAAAGCCAUAUACUUACGCUUAAGGCUGUUCAGGGAGGCAAGGCUAUCCCACCCGUUAUUGUCGCCGCACAAACCAACCAUGCACUGGACCAGCUCCUCGAUCGGUGUUUAAGUUUUGAUACUGUCAUAGCUCGUUUGGGUGGACGUACAGAGAACGAAGACAUUGAGUCUCGCACCCUAUUCAACAUCAGGAAAGAUUCAAAGAUCGCACGUGGCCCUACGCGAGGUGAGGCACUUCGAAAGAAAGUUCAGAGUGAGAUCGAAGAUCUCUUAAAGGGAUGCUUUCCUGCCGAACUCAUCGCAGCGGAAGAAUUCCUUCGCGAAGAAUUAAUAACCCAAAAGCAGUAUGAGUCGUUGAAAGACGAAGAGUAUGAAACGAUACCCAUACCGGGGGGCAACGGACAGGCAGAUGAUGAAGCAGUUGAUUCCAUCAAGUCAUGGCUCGGCGGAUGCGUGGAAUACGACCAAACAUACAUUUAUCGCCCCCCAGAGGGUCAGAAAGAAUCCCCAGAGACCCAAGACGAUGUCAUUGAUGAAUCAAAACAAGAAAACGACAGGGAACGGCUUCAUGGUGACUUCUUCCCCACUAAGUUUUACAUGACUGGAUCUGUCCCCUCCAGAUAUGGCGAUGGGGAUGCUGUAUCCUCUCAAGCCAGCAGAUUGCUGCUGAAACACCAUGAUCUAUACGAGAUCAAUCUGUCACUGCGAGGCAUAGUGUACCGCUUGCUACGUAAGAGACUCAUCAAUGCGAGAGUCAAACGGUUUCCAAAGCUUCUCAAAGCCUACCAGGCAGCUUGCGACGACAUCAAGAUCGCUCGGUGUGAGAGGGAUGUCAAAAUCCUCACAAAUGAGAAGGUCGAAAUUCUUGGCUGUACAACUACAGGGCUUACAAAGUAUCGGGGCUUGAUUUCAGCCUUGAAACCUCGAAUCCUGAUGAUCGAGGAGGCAGCUGAGACACGAGAAGCGAACAUCACGUCAGCUCUAUAUCCCAGCCUUGAUCAGAUCAUCCUAGUCGGAGAUCACCAGCAGCUUGUUCCGCAUGUGGAUGUCCAUGAACUCGGAUGCGAACCAUACAACAUGCAUGUCUCGCUUUUUGAGCGGUUGGUUAAUCUGAGACUACCAUAUUCCAUGCUCCAGGUGCAGCGUCGUAUGGUGCCAGCGAUCCGUCAGGUGGUCAACACAUUCUAUCACAGACUGACCGAUCACAGCUCUGUCAAUGAUCCCAGAAACAGAGCUCCCGUUUUGGGUAUGGGAAACAAGAGUCUUUGGUGGUUCCACCAUGAUUGGGAGGAGUCUCGAAACACUGAUGACUUUUCUUACUCGAACUUCAACGAAGCGAGCAUGAUCGUCUGCUUCGUUCGGUACCUGAUUCAAAAUGGAGUCCCUCCCCAUCGCAUUACCAUCUUGAGCUUCUACAAGGGCCAGGUCACUCUCCUUCUAGAGAUCCUGCGACGAGACCCAACUUUGUCAGCCAAGAACCCGACAAAAGCAUGGUCUGUCAAAACGGUGGAUGGUUUCCAAGGCGAAGAAAAUGACAUUGUGAUUCUCUCGGUCGUACGAAGUGCUCACCCAGGCUUCGUGCAAAACAAGAACCGAGCUGUGGUCGCUCUCAGCCGUGCAAAGUGCGGCCUGUACGUCUUUGGCAAUGCGCUGAAUCUCGUGCAAAAAUGGGAAGAAAGCUUUUCAACUUGGAUAGGUGUCUAUGAAGUCUUUGAAGAGCAGGGUUGCUUAGAAGGUUUUAUCCUAGUCACCUGCAAAAAUCAUGGGCGCGAGACCAAGAUCUCCAGCAUUGAGGACUGGGAAACCAUCGCUGCAGCUGGGUGUGGAGAGCCGUGUACAGAGACAUGUUCAGAAGGUCACCCUUGCACGAAGACCUGUCACCCUUUCAAGCAAUCCGAGCUGAGGUGCGAAGAGAAUUGCCAGCGAGUCUUGAGCUGUGGCCAUAAGUGCAGCUCGUUGUGUGGUGAUCCUUGCCGCUGCGUUCAGCAAUGUAGUGAGGCCUCCGCCCAAUUAGCCUCCUCCCGAACGUCUCGUGCACUAGAGCCACGAACACUCAUUCCGCCUCUCCGACUUACACGCCCACCGCAAACUCAUGUGGCCAAGGGCUUUCCAGCUACCAGAGGUGGCAGAGGCGGCAGACCGAUGACUGGGCAGCGAGGCGGACAGGGUGGAACAGUUCGACGCGGUACCCCCCGUACUGAUUCCUCAACCUCCAUGAGAUCUUCUUUGGAGAGUAAUCGGAGCGCCUCUAAGAACCGCACUAAUAGUGACAACACAGGGAUUCUGCUUGAACAGUUCAACGCCGCUGACAGAGAUUCCAGCAUACAAGAGCCCACCAGCGAACAGCUCAUGGAGACGGGCUACUACUCCAAAGGGGGGCCAAGCCGUUGGCACGAGAAAAUCACGGUCCAGGUAAAGGGGAACCUCGAAUUGGCCCCCACGCCUUCAUCCAAAACCUCUCUUUCAGACAGAUGGAGUCCCGAGAAGAUUUCGCAGAAAGAUAGGGUACUGGGAGAGGAAGCUAAGCGGGCAUCACGACAAAGAAGCCCGUAUGCAACCGUUAUUAGGACCACAUACCGCCCUACGACGAUGGAUCCGGAUGGAAGUAGGCGAUACGGGCUACAAACCCAUUCGAGCCACACUGUUUUGAAAUAUUCUCUCACAAGGAAGGAAAUGCUCCUUGAUGUCGCUGCUGGCCAAUCCAUUAUCGAUCAGCACGAGAAUCACGAGAAUCACGAGAAUCACGAGAAGCACGAGAAGCAUGUAAAGAAUAAGAGGCAUGAGAUACAUGUGAAGAAUGAGAAGCAAGGAGUAGGCGAGGAGCGAGUGGUUACUGCGGGUGAAGGGUCCAGUGUCGAAGACCUGAUCAGUUUUGACUGA